AUGCGGUUCUUUAAUCUUAUGCUAGCUACCAUUACUGCGCUCUCAGUUCCAACAUACGCUUGCAAGUGUGUUGUGAACGGCGAUAUGGAUACCCCGAGAACUCAAAGCUGUUGCGACGCAUUGGGCGGAACUUUCCAGGAUGGCAAUGACUGUCAGGCUAGUUCGAUCUCGGAUAGCUUGUCCAUCUUCGAUAACUGCUGCGGUGGUAUUUCUACUACCGCCGGCUCAGACUGCGACUGCCCAGACUGUUAA